AUGGACACCUUCGAGCUUCGACCGUCCGACGGCUGGGAAGACAUGGUCAUGAACGGCGACCAGUCACCAAACAGGAAUGAGUUCGAAGGCCAUCGACCGCGUAUGGAUGACAAUUCACGGCGCUUCGUUAACCGUGUUCAUGCUUCGAGGUGGCCCCCGUCUGACCAUGUUUCUUGCGCUAUUGACCACCGUUUCGAACCACAUGAAUCGCCAAAGCUCACGUCCAAAGGUAGCCACUUGUCGACCGGCAAGAAAAGUUCCUGUUUUACAGCAGACCGAAAAACUUAG